GUAAUGACAAUGGGGAUUGACAAGAUCAUUUGAAAAGUUGACCUGCCAUUCCCGAAACCCUAGAGGCCUAGAAGAAGAAGAAUAAUAUUAAUAAUAUUCCGUUUCAUUUCCCCAUUAUCCUACGCGCCCUUUUCUUGUCCAUUUCCAUCUGGCUUCCUCAUCUCCUUCUUCCGUUCCUGAAAUUCUCGGCUCAACAAUUCCAUCUCUAUUUGAUUCUGUUGAUUUCUCUCCCCAUUUUCGAUUUCAGAAUCUGAAUUUUCAGGUCCGGAGCAGUUAAGAGGAAGCCAGAUACAUAUACAGACGUGCUUCUUUGAUUUUCGUUUCUUUUUUUUUUUUUUUCGUUCAUCAACUAAGAUUUGUACGAGUUUUGUAAUUUCGAUCUUCAAGUUGGGAAGCGUAUUUGAUUGGGGGGUUUUUUUUUUUCAAUUUUAUUACUCUAGCUUCAAUUCCUGUUUCAUUUGCCUCUCUGUAUUUUGUAUUCUAUAUUCCACGAAUUUUAAAUUCCUACAUACAUGUAUAGAUGCAGUUUUGUAUGAUUUGAGGAUUAAAAAGGAAGGAGGGUGAGGCUUGGAUUUGAGAUUUGAAUCAGCAACUUUGUGAUUUCUGAGUUAUUUUAAUGGGGAAGCCAACGGGAAAGAAGAAGGAAAAUGUUGGGGAGAAGCCUGGGAAUACUAAUUCUAAGACUGCUCGGCCCUCUGACCGGAAUUCGAAGGCGUUCGAUGAAGACACGGCGAUUUUCAUAAACAUGUCCCAAGAGCUUAAGGAGGAAGGCAACCGGCUAUUUCAGAAGCGAGAUCAUGAAGGCGCCAUGUUGAAAUAUGAGAAAGCUCUUAAGCUUUUGCCGAGAAAUCAUAUUGAUGUUGCUCAUCUCCAUAGCAACAUGGCUGCUUGUUAUAUGCAAUUGGGAUUGGGCGAGUAUCCACGGGCGAUUAACGAGUGCAAUUUGGCGUUGGAGGCUCAUCCAAGGUACAGCAAGGCGUUGUUGAAGAGAGCAAGGUGUUACGAGGCUUUGAAUCGGUUUGAUUUGGCGUUGAGAGAUGUCAAUACUGUUUUGAGCUUGGAGCCUAAUAACUUCUCUGCGUUGGAGAUUUUGGAUAGUGUCAAGAAGACGAUGAGAGAAAAGGGUGUUGAUAUUGAUGAGAAAGAAAUUGGUUUGGCCAGCGUAAAGCUACCUCCCGGAGCGCAUUUGCGAAAGGUGGUUAGGGAGAAACUAAGGAAGAAGAAGAAUAAGAAAAUUGAUGAAAAGACAGAUGAUAAGUUGAUUGUGGAGGAGAAGGUUGAUCAAGUGAUUCAAGUUGAUCAUGUUGAAGAUAAGGAAGUUACAAUAAAUACUAUUGAGGAAGACAAACUGUUCAUUGAACCGAUUGAGGAAAAACCGGUCUCAAAGACAGUGAAGUUAGUAUUUGGAGAAGACAUAAGAUGGGCACAGUUACCUACAAAUUGCAGCAUGAAAUUGGUGAGCGAGAUAGUUCGAGACAGAUUUCCAAGCUUGAAGGGUGUUCUUGUGAAGUACAGAGAUCAAGAGGGUGAUCUGGUUACAAUUACUACCACAGAGGAGUUAAGGUCGGUUGAAUCAUCUAGUCAGUCGCAGGGUUCACUUAGACUUUACAUCACAGAGGUCAGUCCUGACCAGGAACCUGCCUACAAGGAAAUCGAGAGCGAGGAGAAGCAUCCAGAGGUUGUUGGUAAAAGAAAAAAUACAGCGGUGAUGAAUGGGGAUUCGGUAAAUGACAAAGAGAUUGUAAGGGGAACGACCACGGUUGAGGACUGGAUAGUCCAGUUUGCACGAUUGUUCAAGAACCAUGUUGCGGUUGAUUCUGAUUCAUACUUAGAUCUUCAUGAGCUUGGAAUGAAGCUGUACUCGGAAGCGAUGGAGGAUUCAGUAACAGGAGAUAGUGCACAGGAACUUUUUGAAAUUGCUGCUGAUAAGUUUCAAGAAAUGGCAGCUCUGGCAUUCUUCAACUGGGGCAAUGUUCACAUGUCCAGGGCAAGGAAGCAGGUGUUCUUUCCAGAAGACAGUUCGAGAGAAACUCUACUUCUACGGAUUAAGGAUGCAUAUGAAUGGGCACGAAAAGAAUACAAAAAAGCCGAAAUGAGAUACGAAGAAGCUCUAAAUGUAAAACCUGACUUCUAUGAAGGUUUCCUUGCACUUGGGCAGCAGCAGUUUGAGCAGGCUAAGCUUUGCUGGUAUUAUGCUAUUGCUAGUGGAAGCAAAAUCGAUUUGGAAUCGAGCUUCUCCACAGAGGUCUUACAACUUUAUAACAAGGCCGAGGACAGCAUGGAGAAGGGCAUGCUGAUGUGGGAAGAAAUGGAGGAACAGCGCCUGAAUGGACUCUCCAAAAGUGAAAAAUACAGAUCUGAGUUAGAAAAAAUGGGAUUGGAAAAACUAUUUACUGAGAUACCUGCUGAUGAAGCUGCAGAGCUGGCUUCAAACAUGAGAUCACAGAUAUACCUUUUAUGGGGCACCUUGUUGUAUGAGCGUUCUGUCGUGGAAUAUAAGAUCGAGCUACCAACCUGGGAGGAAUGUUUGGAAGUGUCGGUGGAGAAGUUCGAACUUGCUGGGGCUUCCCAAACAGAUAUUGCAGUUAUGAUAAAGAAUCAUUGUUCCAAUGAAACAGCACUGGAAGGUUUCGGCUUCAAAAUCGAUGAGAUCGUGCAGGCAUGGAAUGAAAUGUAUGAUGCUAAAAGGUGGCAGUUUGGCGUUCCAUCUUUCCGCCUCGAGCCUUUAUUUCGACGUCGGGCUCCAAAACUUCACUUCACUCUCGAACAUUUUUGAGAGUUUUUGUCGAUGGGGGCUUUCUUUAUAAGCAAUAUUUCAGUUUUCUUUGCAUCAAAUUUUCUGGUGUUCUGCUUUCCCCUAUAGACAAAGGUAAUAGAGCAUCUCAUUUAGAAGCUUUCCAAAUUUAUUUAUUUAUGACAGAAAGUUACCUUUACAGAACUCAAUGUUGUUAAUGCAAUCUAUAUUAACCCCACCAUGCUGAAUUGUUAUUAAUUUAAACUUAUUUCUUCUAUAAAUGCAAUUAUAUGAUGUAAAUUGGUAGCUCUAAUUAUUCUCUUGAUAUAUUUCAAGUUUAUCUUUCUUAUGUGUUUUGUGGCGCUGCCCUCUUCAUAGACCCUGUUGUUUAUUAGUUUAUACACAUACAAUACCAGAGCAGAGACGCAUUACGUUCUUUAUUUCUCGAGAACUCGAUUCUUGUAGCUUCUAGUAUAUACUUCAUGUUUUCUUUCAGUCCUCUAUUCGAAAAUUUCUAUACAAUUUCUUCCAAUAAACUCAGCAUGCCUGUUAACAUGUUUCAUUCCUCAUCUUCCAAGUUACUCAUGCUGCAUUCUUUCUGUGGUUGCAGAUGUUUUACGCCAGCCGUUAUCUUUUCGAUUUGUUGUUUACUUGGUCAGAGUGUAAGUUUGUUUAUAGUAUUUUUCAUUUGCACUUUCAUUCAAGAGAAGAUGGGCAAUUCAGCAACAAAGAUAUAGUUGUAGAACUAUUCAUUAUUCAUCAACGACGAUUCUAUAGGGUGGAGGAAGAAACUUUAAUUUUGAAUUUGAUUUAUGAGAUUGAAUACAGAGAAGUUGUUGUUUGUGAAAUUUCAAGAGCAGUUUGUUUAUGAUAGAGAUUGUUAAAGUGAUUGUUUUGGAAUUUGAAGAGUGAUUGUAAUGAAAUUAUAUAGCUACAACAAAUUAAUAUUCUUUGUUA